AAUGGCGAAAACAGCUUUUGUCUUAUUGUUUUAUUUGUCUUUGAUUCAUUUAUUUCAACCUGGAUGGACCACCAAAGAAAACAGAAUACAAGGUAUUGAAGAUUCGAUAGUCCAAAACUACGCAAACAUCGUAUAUGAUGAUACUAGAGUGACUGAUGCUCAGCGAAAAAACCAAGGUACACCCCACCUCGAUAAUGCAGUCUCUCAAACAGGUAACGCCCAAAGCAUCGUUCGUCAAGUCUGCAGUCUUGCCCUUGAUCUUGUCAUCAUCUUAGACUCGUCGUAUACUAUGGAAGGGGAAGCAUGGGACGAGGAGAAAAGGACCGCUUAUGCAUUGAUUGACAGCCUUGACGUCAGUCAAAAUAAUACCCAUGUAGCAGUGAUCGUGUUUGGYACGAAUGCAGUGAUAUCURUACCUYUGAACGGUUAUAGAAAUGCCGAYGAGUUGAAGGGUAAGAUUGGUUCACUACAAUACAUGAGUGGYUGGUCAAGAACAGACCAGGCACUUUUGGCAGCCAAGUAUCAAGUUCUUACUCCUAAUGGUGGAUCAAGGCCAGGAAUUCCUAAAGCUGUUGUCGUAUUUACAGACGGGAAAACGGAUGGACCAAGUGAUCAACUUGUCUCGGAGCUCGAUUGGAAAGCAAAAGUAGCCAGUGCAUCGAAGGAAGUUCAAAAGGAUGGGACUAGUGUUUUAUGUAUUGGYAGUGACUCUACAGAUCCUUCACAACUKGCAGUGAUAGCCUCUAAGCCAGUUUAUGUCUUCCGUGCCAAGGAUAUCAAUACAGUUGUCGACACUUUGAAAAAGAUGAGUAAAGAGGUUUGUUAUGARGAAAAGGUACCAGGUCCUCAACCAACAACGUGUCCUAUACCAGGAUGUGGAUUCCCAUCAAUAUGUGUAAUUGCCAUCCAACCAACAUGUUUACCUCCUACACAAACAACAUGUGUAGCUCCCAAUACUUGCAGCGUCACGUCCUCAUCGUGUGUGACUCCCAAUACUUGCAGCGUCACGUCCUCAUCGUGUGUAGCUCCCAAUACUUGCAGCGUCACGUCCUCAUCGUGUGUGACUCCCAAUACUUGCAGCGUCACGUCCUCAUCGUGUGUGACUCCAGGAGUGUGUACAGCAACACAAACACUAACAGCCACAAGCACRGCACUUGUAACUACCACWAGUACAGAUGUGCAAACAAGCACAGCAGUAACCACCUUGUCAUCAACAGAGAUCCUAACAAGUACAUCAACUGAAACCUCUACACAUACAACUACCAGUACAGAUACUACAACYCAAACUGAGACGKCUACAAGUACUGAUAUACAAACAACCACAAGCACAGAUGUAACUACACAAACAUACCACACAACACAAACUAAUACAGCAGUAACUACAUCGACAGCAAUCGACACAACCACUCAUACCCUAUCAACAACUAACAUCGAUACACUCACUAGUACUCUCGUAACCAUAGCAACUUCGACCGCCCUAGCAACCAAAUAUGUCACAAAUACCUUAGUGACAACACUUACUGAUGUAGACACAAGCACCCACAUCACUACGGAAACGCUGACAAAAACUGACGUUACCACAGCAACAGAUACCUCAACAGCCGUUACCACAGCAACAAAAACAGCUACUCUGACCACAACAAGUACAGCCUUGACGACCAGUACACACGUGACCACGGACGUCAGUACACAACUGACAACACAAACAGUGACUGACACUACAACACACACCACAACUCACACCAGCACAGACGUGGCUACUAAAACAUCGACAUCUGUAGUGGCUGUCACGGACACAAAGACCCUCGUAACCACUGCCACUGAAACYGCCACAGCAACAAGCACUGCUAUAGCAACAAGUUUCAUCGUAGCAACCAGCACCAAAUUGUUUACUUCUACAGAAACCUUGAAGAGCACUCACAUCGAUACAAGUACAAAGACCCAYGUGACCACGGCYACUGAAACUGCCACAACAACAAGUACUGCUAUAAAAACCAGUUUUGCCAUAGCAACCAGCACCUCAAUGUUAACCUCUACAAAAGUCUUACAGAGUACCCAAAUUGAUACAAGCACAAAAACACACGUUACCACGGCAAUUAUAACUGCCACCAAAACGASUACUUCAACCGCUACUAGUACAGCCGUUACCACAGAAACGAAUACCCAAACAAAGACCCAAACUUUGACAACUACAUCAACCGAGAUCAACACCAAGACCCAAACUGAGACAGCUACGUCGACCAUAAUGAGUACUAAAGUUGUGACGAGUUGUAGCAUGAAUUGCAGCUCUGUGACACCGCCAUCAAGAGCAGGAUGCCAUAACAAASCAAUCGAUGUAGGGUUGGUUAUCGAUGCGUACCAAGGAUUUACUGACGAUGUUUUCACUGGACUAAAGAACUUUGUCUCUGAACUAAUUUCCCAAUUUACAGUCAGCCUURACUUUACUCAUUUUAGUCUCAUAACCUUCGGUAGUUCAGCUGUGAAACAAGUUUACUUCAACAAUAUCGAUUUCUACAACUCUGCUAAGCUUCAAAAGAAGAUACAAGACCUGCCUCGAGUACAAGGUGGUGGACACUGGACGGACGAUGCCAUUUCAUUGGCAGAUUCCAUGUUUAAAGAAGAUGCAGGGCGYCGUCCAAUGAAYCCAGGUGCUUUAGUCGUUUUUACGGCAGAUAAAACAAACCCUGGAAGCACACCAUACCCAACAGCCAUUGCACCGCUUGUAAAUAGAGGCAUCAACAUAAUCUCGGUUGGUGUAACAGACCUUGUGCCAAACGAUGAGUUAAGCGCGAUCGCCAAUGGUAAAAAAGAUAGCGUGUUUAGUAUAAAGGAUUAUGGAUCCCUAUGGGCGAUGAUGAGUGGUCUCACUGAGAAAAUUUGUAACACAAUUCUAUCGUCAGGCAAAGACCGUAAGAAUUAA